GAUCCUCGCCAGAGCCAGAGAGGAGCCCUAGAUUUAAUUCAUGGGAAGAGCUUUGUAACCCGUGUUUACUAAGUAAACAGGGCUGCCAGGCUCUGGCUGGGGUCUGCAGUUCAGCAUUGAUGGGCCGCUGACAUGAAUUUGGAAGGAAGGAGGGAAGAAAGGCAGGAAGGGUUUUCCUUAACAAAGGUAAAUAAACUGAAGGCACAGCUGCCUUGCUGGUAACUUCUUGAGAAGGAAGUUUGAACAAGAUCCAGGUGACAUUCAGACAUCCAUUGAACAAAGGGAAUGGGUAACAGUGUUUCGAUGCAUAGUAUUAUAUGUAGGUACAUUUGACUGUACCUGUGUUUCAUCAGUAAAUCAGAUUCCAUUCCUGGUUCCUCAGAGUAGUGUGGGCCAUGAAGCCAGGCCAUUUCCUCUGGGCUUUACUGUUCAUGCACAGUUGGCUUCUACCAACUGAUGGGGCCAUUCGAGACUACUACCUGGGCAUCCAGGAUGUGCAGUGGAACUAUGCUCCCACAGGAAGAAAUGUCAUCACAAACCAGCCUCUGAACAAUGACAUAGUGGCUUCCAGCUUCCUAAAGUCUGGCAAAAACAGGAUAGGGAGUAGUUACAAGAAGACUGUCUAUAAGGAAUACAGUGAUGGCACAUACACCGAUGAAGUAGCCAAGCCUGCCUGGCUGGGCUUCCUGGGACCACUGUUACAGGCUGAGGUGGGGGAUGUCAUCCUUAUCCACCUGAAGAAUUUUGCAAGUCGGCCAUAUACUAUUCACCCUCAUGGAGUAUUCUAUGAGAAGGACUCAGAAGGCUCACUGUACCCAGAUGGUUCUUCUGGGUACCUGAAAGCAGAUGAUUCUGUUCCCCCGGGAGGCAUCCAUGUUUACAAUUGGACUAUUCCAGAAGGCCAUGCACCCACGGCUGCAGACCCAGCAUGCCUCACCUGGAUUUACCAUUCUCAUGUAGAUGCUCCACGAGACAUUGCAACUGGUCUCAUUGGACCCCUUAUCACCUGUAAAAGAGGGACCCUGGAUGGUAACUCCCCACCUCAGAGGAAGGAUGUAGACCAUAAUUUCUUCCUCCUCUUCAGUGUGGUAGAUGAGAACCUAAGCUGGCACCUUGAUGACAACAUAGCUACUCACUGCUCAGACCCCAACUCAGUGGACAAAGAAGAUGGAGCUUUUCAAGAGAGCAACAGGAUGCAUGCAAUCAAUGGGUUUGUCUUUGGGAACUUACCAGAGUUGAGCAUGUGUGCACAGAAGCAUGUAGCCUGGCACUUGUUUGGCAUGGGCAAUGAAAUAGAUGUCCACACAGCUUUCUUCCAUGGACAGAUGCUGACUACUCGUGGACACCGCACUGAUGUUGCUCACCUUUUUCCAGCCACCUUUGUGACUGCUGAAAUGGUGCCCCAGAAAUCUGGAACCUGGUUAAUUAGCUGUGGAGUGAAUAGCCACUGGAAAAGUGGUAUGCUUGCCCUCUACAAGGUUGAAUCUUGCUCCAUGGACCCACCUGUGGACCAACUCACAGGCAAAGUUCGUCAAUACUUCAUUGAGGCCCAUGAGAUUCAAUGGGACUAUGGCCCAUUAGGGCAUGAUGGUAGAACUGGGAAAAGUUUGAGGGAGCCAGGAAGUGGCCCAGAUAAAUACUUCCAGAAGAGCUCUAGCCGAAUUGGAGGUACUUACUGGAAAGUUCGAUAUGAAGCCUUCCAAGAUGAGACAUUCCAAGAAAGGGUACAUCAAGAAGAAGAAGCACAUCUUGGAAUACUGGGACCAGUUAUAAGGGCUGAAGUGGGUGAUACCAUCCAGGUUGUCUUCUACAACCGUGCCUCCCAGCCAUUCAGCAUGCAGCCCCAUGGGGUCUUUUAUGAGAAAGACUACGAGGGUACUGUGUACAAUGAUGGUACAUCACAUCCUGGCUUGGUAGCCAAGCCCUUUGAGAAAGUAACAUACAACUGGACUGUUCCUCCCCAUGCUGGGCCCACUGCGAAGGAUCCUGCCUGUCUAACCUGGAUGUACUUCUCUGCUGCAGAUCCCGCAAGAGAUACAAAUUCUGGCCUGGUGGGCCCUCUUCUGGUUUGCAAGGCUGGCGCUUUAGGGGCAGAUGGCAAGCAGAAAGGAAUGGAUAAAGAAUUUUUUCUCCUCUUCACUGUGUUUGAUGAGAACAUGAGCUGGUACAGCAAUGCCAAUCAAGCAGCUGGUAUGUUGGAUUCCCGAUUGCUCUCAGAGGAUGCUGAGGGCUUCCAGGACUCCAAUCAAAUGCAUGCUAUUAAUGGGUUUCUGUUCUCUAACCUGCCCAGCCUGGACAUGUGCAAGGAUGAUAUGGUAGCCUGGCACCUGCUUGGCCUGGGCACAGAGACUGAUGUCCAUGGGGUCACGUUCGAGGGCAACACUGUAGAGCUUCAGGGUAUGAGGAAAGGAGCAGCCAUGCUCUUUCCUCACACCUUUGUGAUGGCUGUGAUGCAGCCUGACAAUCCUGGGACAUUUGAAAUCUAUUGCCAAGCAGGCAGCCACAGAAAAGCAGGGAUGACAGCAGUUUAUAAUGUCUCCCAGUGUUCUGUUCAUCAAAACAGCCCACGACAACACUACCAAGCUUCAAGAGUUUACUACAUAAUGGCAGAAGAGGUGGAGUGGGAUUAUUGUCCUGAUAGAAGCUGGGAACUGGAAUGGCACAACACAUCUGAGAAGGACAGUUAUGGUCAUGUUUUCUUGAGCAACAAGGAUGGGCUCCUGGGUUCCAGAUAUAAGAAAGCUGUAUUCAGGGAAUACACUGAUGGUACUUUCAGGAUUCCUCAGCCGAGGUCUGGACCAGAGGAGCACUUGGGAAUCCUGGGUCCACUUAUCAGAGGAGAGGUUGGUGAUAUCUUAACUGUGGUGUUCAAGAAUAAUGCCAGUCGACCAUAUUCCAUACAUGCCCAUGGAGUUCUAGAAUCUAGUACUGGCUGGCCACAGGCAGCUGAGCCUGGUGAAGUACAUACUUACCAGUGGAACAUCCCAGAAAGAGCUGGUCCUGGACCCAGUGACUCUGCUUGUGUUUCCUGGAUUUAUUAUUCUGCAGUGGAUCCAAUCAAGGAUAUGUAUAGUGGUCUGGUGGGACCCUUAGUUGUCUGCCGAAAGGGCAUCUUGGGACACUAUGGAGGUCGGAAUGAUAUGGACCGGGAAUUUGCCUUGCUGUUUUUGAUCUUUGAUGAGAACCAGUCUUGGUAUCUGGAGGAGAAUAUUGCAAUUUAUGGGUCACAGGAGACAAACAUUCAGGAUGAGACCUUCUUGGAGAGCAAUAAAAUGCAUGCCAUCAAUGGGAAACUCUAUGCUAAUCUCAAAGGUCUUACUGUAUACCAAGGAGAACGGGUAGCCUGGUACAUGCUAGCCAUGGGCCAAGAUACUGACAUUCACACUGUGCACUUCCAUGCAGAGAGUUUUCUCUAUCAGAAUGGACACAGUCACCGGGCAGAUGUUGUGGAUCUCUUCCCAGGGACCUUUGAAGUUGUGGAAAUGGUAGCCAGCAACCCUGGGACAUGGCUGAUGCACUGCCAUGUGACUGACCAUGUUCAUGCUGGCAUGGAGACAAUCUUUACUGUCUUGACUCAUGAAGAACAUUUAAGUACUAUGACUACCAUCACCAAAGAGAUUGGAAAAGCAGUGAUACUAAGAGACUUUGGAGGAGGCAAUGUGAAGAUUCUGGGCAUGACGAUCCCCAUAAAGGAUGCUGAAAUUCUGUCUUCUGUUUUGAUUGCUGUAUGUGUAAUUCUGCUUUUUGUUGCUCUGGCUCUUGGUGGUGUAGUCUGGUACCAACAUCGACAAAGAAAGCUUCGACGCAACAGGAGGUCCAUUCUUGAUGAUAGCUUCAAGCUUCUUUCUCUGAAGCAGUAAUAGACAAAGCCAGAAGAUAUCUUCAGUAGACACAUCUGGAAUGUAUCUCAUGCUCCCAGGAAGCCCUAUACUAGCAGCACACUCUUUUGUCAAGGGAUAGGAGUAGUGGAGAGAAAGAGGAUGGAAUCAAAAUUAUCUGGCUAUUUAUUUAUUUACAUGGAAAUCAUAUUGCUCUCACUUUUUAUUUUACAUGUAACCUGAGGCAGUUAGGAUUAGGUAAAUGCUUUUGUAGACACAUUUCAGCAGCUAGGCUAUGUCAUUUUUCAGUACUGGAAGGUAUGGACAUUCCUAGAAUGUAAUUGUUCUAGCAUAAUAUAUACCAAGAAAAAGGUAUCUAAUUUGGUUUCUAUUUCCAGGACCUAUCUAGAAAAGUAUAUUUGUAAUUGAGGGCAAAUCAUGAGCCACAAACAUAACCCCUAACUAAAUAAAGGACCGCACAGACAUGAUGGAAAAUGAGAGAUAGGGUAGGGAGUGGGAAUCCAAAUUAUACUUUAAUUAUAUUUAGCAAUGGACUAUUUAGGAGAAGUAAGUGAAAGGGUUGUAGUUGUCAUGAGUAUCUACAACCGCUGGAACCAGAAACACCUGUUAAAACAGUCCUUCAGGUUUCUACACGGUGGUACUGAAGGGAAUUUUCAAUGUUUUCUCCAUGUUUGAAGUCAUAAAUCUUGUCUGUUAAAGUACUUAUUAAAAGAUUGGAAUACUGAA